CACUUUCUCUUCCUGGUUUGAACUUUGUCGCACAUGACACUUUAUCUGGAUGUUCGUGUUUCACCUGCUUGUGCUGAGAGAUCCGGUGCGGAGAUGCCCGGAUUAUGCCCACAAGGGAGCUAGAACAGCACACAAAACACAAUAUAACCCAGAGGUUGGUUUUCCAUGGUGCAUUGAAGAUUAACAAUGAGAUUCCGACUAUUGAAGAAGAACGUUAUUGUGUUCCUAGUCAUCUUAAUUGUAUUUAUAGUGUUAUUUUAUUCCAAACGUGGGACUGGAGAUGAAGGACACACUGAAGAGACUGCUAAAGAGAGUACACAGCCUGUUGUUUUGGGUAAAUUUGUGUAUGGGACCAUAUUGAGUAUGAGGAAGUCUGUUUAUGACAGCAACUACAGACAGGACAUUCAGAAUGGAGAGAAGUUUCCAUUGGAACCGGAGCUGGUUAUUGUUGUUCAAGUCCACAAUAGACCGGCUUACCUACAAAUGCUCAUCCAGUCCCUUGAGAAAGUAGUUGGUGUGCAGAACGUACUUUUGAUAUUCAGUCACGACUAUUUCUCAGAGGAAAUUUCGGAUAUGAUCAAGGGAAUCUCGUUCUGCAAGCUUCUGCAGAUAUAUUUCCCCUACAGUAUACAGCUGUAUCCAAAUGAAUUCCCAGGACGAGAUCCUCAGGAUUGUCCGAGAGACAUAUCUAAAGAAGACGCGAUUAAACGGGGCUGCUUGAAUGCAGAACACCCGGACUCGUAUGGACAUUACAGGGAAGCUCCCAUCACACAAUCCAAACACCACUGGUGGUGGAAGCUGCAUUUCGUGUUCGAACGAGUCCGGGUUCUUCUGGGAUACAACGGGUUUGUUGUGUUCAUUGAGGAAGACAACUAUCUUCUCCCAGAUUUCCAUCACUACUUCAAAUCUAUGACCAAACUCAGGAAAACCAGCUGUGGAGACUGCGACGUCCUCGCAUUGGGAAACCAUGACGGUUUGUCUGGCUUUCAAGUGCUUUCCACCAAAACAGAAACUGCAGGAUGGCUGUCCACCAAACACAACAUAGGAAUGGGAAUCUCCAGGGAGCUCUACUACAAACUGAUGGGAUGCAACAAUGAGUUCUGCACCUAUGACGAUUAUAACUGGGACUGGACCCUCCAGAACCUGUCUGGGACGUGCAUCUCCAAACCUCUUAAAGUGCUAGUGGCUUGUGGAAGCAGAGUUCUUCACACUGGAGAUUGUGGCCUGCACCAGAAGGACGAUUGCAAGCCAGAAAUGGCCCGGGAGAAGGUGGACGCAGCGCUUAAAGAAGCCCAAUCUGCGCUUUUCCCUCCGAUACUGACCCUGACAGACCAUGGAGCCGUGGAGCAUCAACCUCAUAAGAAAAACGGGGGCUGGGGGGACGUUCGUGACCACACGCUUUGCAUCAACUACGCUGCACGUCUCUGAUGCGGGAGUUUUCCUUUAUGUCACAAGUGCCAAGUAGAAUAUCCGGGUUACAUGUUUGCAGGUUAAAGGUUAGGAACUAUUUUAUGGUGUGUGUAUAUUUGCAUAUGUGUGUGUGUGUGCAAAACAAACGGUAAUACAGGUGGCGACAACAACUUAACUUUUACUUUAUUUUUGUCUGCAACAUACUUAAUAUCAACGUCCACAAGACUUGGGUUUAAGUUGCAAUUUAAACCUGCAUGCAUGUUCUGUGUUGCAUCCAUUUUAACAAUUAUUUUUGUCUUGUUUCAUUAUAAUUUAAAGAACGAAUCACAUAUUUGCUCCUUUAGUAGCAAAGUCCACUUAUGGACACGUUUAGCAACAAAACCUUCAACAUUUUUUGUGAAAAUCCGCAUAAACAUGCAUGCAUUUUAUGCAUUGCAUCGAUUUUUACAAUUCAUUUUGGCUCGUUUCAAUCAAAUUUAAUAACAAAUUGUAAUUUUACCUAAACAAGAUGCGCAUCGGUGUUUGUUUUGCUUUUUUACUUGCAACGUCUGUUUAUGUACACGUUUCGACAAAACCUUCCCACAAAAACCAUGCAUGCAUUUUAUGCAUUGCAUCCAUUUUAACAAUGCAUUAACAAUAAAUUGCAAAUUUCCCUUGUUUGCUUUGCGCCAUUUGUAGCAACGUUCGUUUAUGGACACAUUUUAGCGACAACAUAUUUUUGUACAAUUCCUCAAAACCAAAUUCAUGCAUUUAAUGCAUUGCAUACAUUUUACAAUUCUUUCUUUCCUUAUAAUUUAAUAACAAGUUGCAAAUUUCCGUUGUUUGUUUUGCCCCUUUAGUGGCGAGGUCCAUUUAUGGACACAUUGCGCAAUAAAACGUGCUCGCAUUUUAUGCAUUGCAUCUGUUUUAACAAUUCUUUUGUCUUUCAAUCUAGUUUCAUAACAAAUCGAAACCUUUUUUGAACAACACCCACAUUGAUUUUUGUUUUGCCCUUUAAUAGAAAAGUCCAGUUUGGAACUGGUUUAAUGAAAAUAUAUUCAAUAUUUUGUUUUUAGGUAAAAUUCCACAAAAACAUGGACUUUAUGCAUUGCAUUUUUCAUGAAUGGGGCACAAAUUAUAGCCUAAAACCCUUGAAAAAAAAAAAAAGUAAUUUUUUUUAUUAUUUAAAUCAGUUAACAUCAUACAGUUUUCUGUAAAAAAAAAAAAAAAAAACAAAAA